AUAUCAAUUAUCGAAGGAGUUCCUCUAGUGGACUACUCAGACAGUGAUGAUACUGACAUUGAUUCCCCAAAAGACUUCUCUUCUCCUCUACAAAAGAUGAAUAAAGUUCCAAGUUUUUCUGAUGCUAUCUACGAUUCCAAUAAUGACUGUGUGGAAUACCCUUUAACCUCACUGUCAGUGGAUUCACAAAGGUCUAAAAGAGGAACUUGCUUCUCUAGAAGUUUUGCAGGGUUAGAUGUAGCAAGUGACGAUAGUGAAGAAGAAUAUAUUCCAGAAUCCCAUGGAGGAAGCUCAGACAGUGAAGCCAGUGUGGAAUUAUCUAUGGAUAAAGAACUGAAGAAUGAAACUAUGUCAUUUAUUCAAAACAGAAGCAAGUUUUGCAGGCAAAGCAAGGAGACGAUUGCCAUGGAUGGAACUUCAGAUGAGAAAGAGACGAUUGCCAUGGAUGGAACUUCAGAUGAGAAAGAGACGAUUGCCAUGGAUGGGACUUCAGAAGAGAGAGAUGAUAUGCCCAAGGGAACUGAGGAUGGCGCCAUAUUAUCCUCACAAGAAGAAGAGCAGAUGUCAGAAGCUUCUGAAGAGACUCCUUUUACCCCCACGUCCAGUGGCUCAAGUCAGAAAAAAAUGGCCAAACAGAAAGACUGUCUGAUGCCAGAAGUCAACAAAGUGACCUCUCCUACCUCCACAUCUUGCGGCCAAAGGAAGGAAAAGUCUGCCAAAAAGAGAG